UUCCUCCUUUGUUACACAGCGAUACUGGCACUUGCUAUUUACUUCCCCCGUGAGGGGCUGCGAGUGAGAGCAGAAAUCUCAUUCUUCAUUAUUUGGGAAUGCCUAUUUGAUCAGCUAUGGAUCAAGAGAAGCUGGUUCGCACGUCUUCAUCUUCAUCUUCAUCAGCGGCAGAUAAACACAAAGAUUCAACCAGGACAAGUGAAAUCGACCCCAUAAAAUCAUCAGAAACAUCAUGGUUGGACAGUGUGCAUUUGUUGUCUUACAGGUCACCAUCUAUGGAGCAGCAGGUCACUGACAGUAUGAGCAUCACCUCGGCCGACCAGGAGAAGCUGCUCCUCCUUAACAAGAACACGGAGCUUCGCAGAGUCAACAAAGAGUUAAUGAAACUGAAUGAGGAGUGGGACCAGAUGUAUCACAAUACAACCCUGGGGUUGCAGCAGCAGCUGGAACGUUUGGAGCUGGAAAACGCCACCCUCAAAGAGCUGAACGGCAAACUGCUGUUGAGAGUCGAGAACCAACAGAGUGCAAAGGACUAUUACGAGCAGGCACUCAUGCUGGAGCUGAAGAAGAAUCAAGAAUUACAAGAAUAUGUGAGGCUACUGGAGCACCGAAGGAACCAGCUGCCUGUCCAAAAGGACAAGGUCCAGACAACGGUCCCCGACUUCUCCCCCACAUCAUGUGCUGCCCCAUCAUCUUCUAGUCUGGAUGUGAUACAGCAGGCCAAACGUCUGAACUUUCACUCUCAUCAAGAGGUGCUGGAUCUAAAAGACCAGCUCGAAGCACUGAAGUGUCAGACCGAGAUCUAUGAAGCAGAAUAUCAGACAGAGCACAACAAACACAAACACACACUGCAGGACAACCAGAGGUUGAGAAAGAAGAGGGAGGAGAUGCGCCAGCAGGUGGACCUACUGCAAGAGCAGCUCAAAAUAUACGAAGAUGACUUUCGACGGGAGCGAUCGGAUAAGCAGAUGCUGCAGCGACUGCUGCUGAAAAAAACUGCCCCCAACAAGGACCCAUUGCUGGUGCAUCGCUGCAAUAAUGAAUCGCAGCCACCAGGAGUCGACAAGUGGACAAGGGCUGCAGCCAGAACGAAUCACCAUCCACUCUGUCCCAAGAACCAAAAUUGAGGCCAAGACUGCACAAGGAGGAAAGCAUGCACUCAAAGAUUCAAAACAUAUUCAUUUUGUCUCAGAAAGUCCUGAUAAAAUACUGAACAUCGUGAUUUUAUAACACAGGAUCAAAGCAACCUUGUAUGGGAUAUGUAUACGAACUGUUAUUGAAGUUCGAGGAAGCACACACACACACACACACACACACGCACACACACACACACACACACACACACACACACACACACACACACACACAGAGAGAGAGUUGCUUAUUUACACCAUUAGAAAGUAAUGGUGGAGGCCCCACGCAUGCUACUUUGACCAUCCGCCGCUGACUUUUUAAACAAUUUUUUAACCUUGACAACAUAAAUGUAUUUGAUGGAGAAAAGCUUUUUUCUGUUGACAGUCAAUUUUUUUGUAGGUCACUCCAGUUAAGGACCAUGUAGCAUCAUCGACAUCAAGGUUUACCAAAAUAGGGUCUGACCCCUAUUUUGGUAUUUUGAGUAAAAUGCAGUAGGCGGGGGACCCCCUGAACCGGUUGCCAGCCAAUUGCAGGGCA